GUGCGUCCAGUUAUUGAGAUUAAUAACGUAGAGGUGACUUGUGCAUUACGUGGUAAUGUACCAGUGAGUGGGCAAGACUGCAUUAGAGGCGUCAAGCCCCGUGUGCGCUUCGACAAGCUACGCAAAGAGAGCAAGAAGCCGCUUUGCAGUGGGGGUGCCACGAGUAACCAGUCAUGUACCGGUGGUACAUUGACUAAAUCUCGGUUUGAAACGCGUGUUUACUGGCGUAAACAGCAAAGUUGCGUGAAAAAAUGGGAAUGAGCAAAGUAUUGGACUGAUUGUACUGAGCUGCAGCUGUGAUAUCAACAGUACUGUUGAUUGUCAUGUUCCAUCAUGCUCAUACAAUUCUGGUAGAUUAAUCAGGGUCUGAUUAAUGUUGUGAUUUUAAUUUAAAAAUGAAUAUACCAUGUCAUGGCGUAUUUAUGUUUUUUUGGUGGAAAGUGCUGUGGAAGCAGUACUUGGUGUGUUCCGGUGGAACGCACUGGAGGGCAGUAAGGUGAACCAAUGAGGCAGUGCAGUUCAUUUAGCUGUGUCUGCUGACAGUUUGCCAGUGGCAAAUUGUUUGGAUUUAAAAUUGCAGCAGUGUUGCAGUUUUGUGUGAUAAAUUCAGGAGUCUUGAGUUUCUGAUGAGCCUGUGAGUUUACGACUGCAAGUGAACACUUGCAGUGGGGGUAAACUGCCCUGUGAGAAUGGAUUCUGUGUUGUGUGUGUUGAAGGCAUUCAGUUCUGAUGCUUUCGUGAGGCCUGUCUGGAGUUCGUGGAUGGACUGUCUGGAUGAAUGAUGCGUGCGUGUGAAUGCUUGACUGGAGGAUGAGGAUGGAUGGAUUCGUAGAUCGAGACGUGGAAUCGUUGGACGCUAGAGGACCUGCGGUGGACUGACAUUCUCGUUCUGGAACGGACCACCGAUGGAGUUCCUCGCGUUGGCGUCUGGAUCCUGCGUGGAAUGCGUAAAACUGGCUCUCGAACGGAUCAGGCUGCGUGCGGUAGCGAAUGAGUAGCUGCUGACGUGGCUCUUUAUUUGGGGCGGUUGCGAGCUAUUAUUAGCUAUAUGCUAAAACUUGCACCCGUAAUAUUAAAGACUGAAACGGCCAGAGUUGGAUGGUAGAAGAAUGGUUAAUCCUUUCUGUGCAUAUGUUCAACCGUAACGGCCAAACUUGCGAACGCCUCGAGGAUGCUGGACAGCAUGGAGGCCCGUCUGUCCUACUGGGUGGAUCUACGCCCGUACUGGGACAACAAUACGUACGCGGCCUUCUUCCCGGACGGCAUCAAUGACCUGUCCCCGGACGCACUGGCUGUCGGCUGGCUUGGAUAUGCCGUCUUGGCGCCGUUUGUUGCCAUCGUCUUCCUCGUAUCCACAGUGGGGACAAUCGUUAUCAUUGGUGUCUGGAUCUGGAUCUGUUGGACCGAUUGCCACAAAACAACCCGCGAAACACGCCAACCGCUGGUCGGACAGCAAGAAACAGCGUUCGCCAGUAUCUUCUAUAUAGUAGCCGGCUAUGGCAUCCUGUUCUUUACCUGGAGCUUCGCGGCACGGGCCAGCUGGAAUGUCCUUUUUCCCGAACGUGCCUCCCUGCCGCUAAGUAUCUCGGCGAUAUUGGCCUGCAUCCCUGGGACCGUGUGGCUGUGGAAGGCGGUGCGGCCGGCGGGAUACUCGGGCAAGGGUCGUGCGCGCGGUGGUUAUGGGGCGAUUUCCAGCGACGACGAAAUGGGCGCUUAAACCGUCAUGGGAUUGCCGGCUUCUGUUAUCCAUUAUUUUUCUGUACUUUUAUCCAUCGGUUGCAGAAAAUAACCACGCUGGUACGGUAAUGGGGCCUGUAUUUGAUCCAUGCUGUUACGUAGCGGUAGCAAUUUUGCCAUUCAUUUCUCAUUCAUUCAUCAUGAAUUUCUGUUUACGGUUCGGCUAGUUGUCCAUUUACGGCAUUUAUACAGUUCAGUCUUGAACCCCUUUAUACUGGUUGCUUUCAUUUCUCUCAAAACUUGCUUCGAAUCUCUGUUCUGCCG